CAGCUUUUUGUUGCCCAGCUUGGAGCCUUACACCAUGAUUCUCUCCCCCGGAGUUUGGUUCGGCCAUGGUGCGGCCAUUCGCACAGCGCAGCCUGCGCAGCCGGUUGCACCUUUGCGCUGCGGCUCCACUUUGCCGACAAGGUGUCCAUGGCCUUUGCUUUGGAGCUUUGGGGUUGGCGGAGUGCUUGGCAGCCGGAGGAAUCAGGAGAGGUGCCGGCUUUGUCGACGAAGCCUACCUGCUGGAAAGGAAGUGGAGGUGGAUUUCAAGGGCCACCGUGUUCGCUGCGUGACAUGCGCCGGCAGUGUCUCAAAGCCAGACAUUGUGCUGGUGCAUGGAUUCGGCGGCUCAAUCGAGUAUUGGCGACGGUUGAUCCCAGCAUUGUCGGCAGAGGGCUACACUGUCCAUGCCUUUGACCUCUUGGGGCUGGGCCUAUCUGAGAAACCGUCCACAGAGUACAGCAUUGAACUCUGGGCUGAGCAGGUCACUGACUUUGUUUCGAAGUUGGAGAAGGAUGUGGUCUUGGUGGGUAACUCCUUUGGUAGCCUGAUUUCCUUGGUCUCCGCCACGCAGCGACGCCCCAAGGGGAUUGUCAUGCUGAAUUGCGCAGUGGGCAUGAACAACAAGAACAUGGUCAAGUCGCCCAAGAUGAAUGAUUUGCAAAGACUGGUCGCCACACUGAUUUUGGGCCUGGUGGAUCUGAUUUUUCGAUCGCCAAUCCUGGACAUGGCCUUUGAGUCUUUUGCAACAAAAGAGCAGGUCGCCGCUGUGCUCAAAAACUUAUAUCCUACGAACCCUUCUGCAGUGGAUGAUGAGCUGGCAGAAGGAUUUGUGAGACCUGCUGGAACACCUGGAGCACUUGAGGUCUUGCGUCAGAUCUACACCGGAGAUCCGGGCCCGACGCCCAUGGAGCUCUUUGCCAAGGGAUUUCCUAGCGAUCUCCCGCUGAAGGUGAUAUGGGGUGAUCAAGACAACUUGACGCCCAUCAAAGGACCUCAGAUGGGCUCGGGGCAGUGUUUUGGCAAUUGCAUACUGAGUAUGCUUAUUGCACUUCAACUUGCUGAACGAGCCGGCAUAGACAAACAUAACAUCACUAUAAACUGUAAACCUCCGCCAUUUGAGCAAUAUCAUCCAAGAUGCUUGCUUUGCACCAGAUCUAGACUCUUUCUUUGAUCCUUGCUAAGGGCACUUCAGCUGCCAGCAGGCAUGUUGGGUCGGCAGAUUGCAGUCAGGGGAAUAUUUUUUUCAACCCCUAGCGCGCAAGGAGACGUGGGCAGCUUUUUCACGGAGCUUGCCAAGGUGGGAAAAGAGUUGGGAGUGAUGCCGCAAGCUUUGUUGACCUCAUCGUUCAGCUAAGAAGGCUUCCAAGUGUGUGGUCGAGGGAUGGUGCUACCCUGUGUUUGC